AUGGACAUGAAGCAGUGUUGUGUGAAGCUGUCAGUCCAGCCGUCCAGAGGACUCAUGGAUGAGAAGUUUAUCAUCCUGGUUCAGAACGCUCCACCUGGUUUCCAGCUGACUGUUCAUGCCCUCCACAAGUGUGAAGAUGGACACAGCUGGGAGGCGUUUGGUCACUAUACUGCCAAUGCCACCGGGACUGUGAAUGUCUCAGAAGAUCCCAGUCUGGGUGGGACAUAUUCUGGGGUUGAACCGAUGGGUCUACUGUGGAGCCUCAGACCAGUUCCAGGCAGCAAACCUGGGCUCAGGAUGAGGAAGAUGAAAGAUGUCCAGACUCCCAUGGAGGUCACAAUCUCGGUGUACCAGGGUCACCGGACUGAGGGCUUCGUGGAUCAGGUGCCGCUGGCUGGUGUGGUGGUGGAGCGCUGGUAUAUGGCGCCCGGUGUCCGCAGGGUCCCGAUCACAGAGGAUGGACUCACUGCGACCCUCUUCCUGCCCUCAGGACCAGGACCUUUCCCCGGCCUCUUGGAUCUGUGGGGGGGUGGAGGGAAGUUGGUGGAGUACCGGUCAGCACUGCUGGCCUCCCACGGCAUCGCCUCUCUGGCCCUUGACUACCUGACACCGAAAAUCACCAUGGAAACUGGGAAGUUAGUGGACAACCAGUAUUUUGAGACGGCCUAUAGAGUCCUCCAGCAGCAUCCUCAAGUCCUCGGCAGCAGGAUCGCCAUGAUGGGUCUGUCCCUUGGCACGAGUGUCACCCUCAAAAUGGCUGUGUACUCCCAAGUUAUAAAGCUCAGUUGUGCGGUGUGUAUUAGUGGAAGUCACGUGCAGCCGAUUGACGGAUCUUUGGAACAAAUACUGGGUUGUUUUAACGAAAAUGCCUCGAAGACUCGCUUCAACGAGGAGAACCAGGUGAUCUGGCGAGAUCUGCUGCUCCCCAUCCCCACCGACCCCACACUCAAAGUAGACGUGGGGCGACUCCAGUGUCCUCUGUUGCUGGUUGUAGGUGAGGACGAUCAGAACUGGCCCGCCUACGAGUCUGCAAUGGACAUAAAAGAAAUGAUGGAGCGGGCGGGGAAUAGCCACCUGCUGACCGUCCUGGCAUAUCCGAACGUUGGUCACCUGAUUGAACCUCCGUACACGCCGCAUGCCCGAGCAAGCACCUUCAAAACAGUCGGCACCGGUCAGAAGUUGAUGGCUCUGUGGGGCGGGGAGACUGUGGCACAUUCUCGUGCUCAGGAAGACGCCUGGAGGAAGACGCUGGUGUUUCUGAGGGAGAAUCUGUACGGUGGCAUGAACUCUGUCGCAACUUCAUUUUCCCACCUGUGAUCAAGACAACGGCUAAUGAUUAUAGACGCUCAGGAAGUAAAAGUCUCAAUAAUUUUUACCCAUAGACAAUGUUAUGCGACUCACAGAUGGAGCACUAGUUUAGCUUUGAUGGACAUGAAUGAAGUAAUGUUCCUGGUUGAAUACAAAAGAUACUACAAUAGUACAAAAGAUAAAUAACUGUGUUAAGAAAUAUCUUAUAAUAAUUUUUUCUUUGGAACACUUCCCAAAGUGCAAAUUAAACAAAUCUGAAUACACACAUACUGCAAAAUACACACGCAAACAAAUGUACAGAAUUUAAUACAGUUAUGAAAAAGCUUUCUAAUAAAAUGUGAAAAAUGUAAAUUUAAAAACAGGUGAUAAGAUACUGAUUUUGGAAGUUUGUUUUAGAGUUGAGGUGUAGCUCUGUCCCUUAUAAUCUUACACCUUCUCAUGGCUGAAAGAUCCCUACCUGACAACCUCAGACUCUGAUAAGGGUGCAGUAAUACAGUGACAUUAAUCUUGAAGAAAGUUAGAAGGUACAAGCCUGAGUACAUAAAAACUUAUUAGGGGAGAACUGAACUGAACGAUACCCUCUGCAUCUUGAAUCCAUGUUGGGUCACUUGAAUGGAAUGUUUCCAUGAUUAAUUCAA